CUGCAGCUCUGACGUCAAUGGACGUCAACCCUGAGAACAUGAUGCCUUGUGCAAGCUGCAGAGCCUUACCCAGAGCUGUUCACUGGUUUCCUGCAAAGCUGUCUCCACUCCCAGUGUGUGUGAUUCUCACCAGGACUUGUGAUCACACAAGCAGCCAGUGUGCAAGGGAACUCAUUGCACAAACAACUGACUUUAUCCUGCACUUUGGAUCAGACACACACACAGCUCCCUCCACAGCAAGUUAUCUGGCAGACUUUACUGGACUCCUGCAAAGUGAGCCUGCUCUAGCAAUACUGUAAUAGCCCAUCCUCCUCUCCUAGAUUAUUAGUGGUGUUGGUAGUGAUUGGUUUCAUGGCUGGCACUGCUUGCAUGGAUUGCUGAUCCGUUUUACAAGUUCUGGAUCUGGCAGCUCCUGCAGAGACUGUACAAUGCAAAGUGUAACCUUAUAUCCAGAGUGAGGAUCCCAUGCUGCCUGCUGGACAUUGUAUCCAGAGUGAGGAUUCCAUGCUGCCUGCUGGACAUUGUAUCCAGAGUGAGGAGUCCAUGCUGCCUGCUGGACAUUGUAUCCAGGGUGAGGAUUCCAUGCUGCCUGCUGGACAUUGUAUCCAGAGUGAGGAUCCCAUGCUGCCUGCUGGACAUUGUAUCCAGAGUGAGGAUCCCAUGCUGCCUGCUGCACUUUGUGUAGGGCUCCUAUAAGUGGAUCAUGGCUGAUCCUGCCUGAUUGGACUCUAUGAAGGUUUGCCCCUGUUUUUGUGGUGAUCUUGGUGCCAGUUGAUGUCUUUUUCCCAUUGGAUCUCACUGUCCUGGGUCGCAGCAUGGUCAUGGCGGAUUGUCAGAGGCAUGUACAGAGGGGUCCUGUCCGGGUCGGAUUCUAUGACAUAGAACGUACUUUAGGGAAAGGCAAUUUUGCUGUGGUGAAGCUGGCCAGGCACCGCAUUACCAAAACCGAGGUGGCUAUAAAGAUAAUUGACAAGUCUCAGCUGGAUGCUGUGAAUUUGGAGAAAAUCUACAGAGAAGUUCAGAUAAUAAAGAUGCUGGAUCAUCCCCACAUUAUCAAACUUUACCAGGUUAUGGAAACCAAAAAUAUGCUUUAUCUUGUGACAGAAUAUGCCAAAAAUGGCGAGAUUUUUGAUUAUUUGGCUAAUCACGGUCGUCUCAAUGAGUCGGAGGCCAGGAGGAAGUUUUGGCAGAUCCUUUCUGCCGUGGAGUACUGUCACAGUCGCAACAUUGUACAUAGAGAUUUGAAGGCGGAAAACCUGCUUCUGGACAACCAUAUGAACAUCAAGAUAGCUGAUUUCGGGUUUGGCAACUUCUACAAGACUGGCGAACCUCUAGCUACGUGGUGUGGAAGCCCUCCUUACGCAGCUCCUGAAGUCUUCGAGGGGCAGCAGUAUGAGGGACCACAGCUGGAUAUCUGGAGUAUGGGAGUGGUUCUUUACGUCCUUGUAUGUGGUGCUUUACCUUUUGAUGGCCCAACGCUUCCCAUCCUGAGACAGAGGGUUCUGGAAGGGAGGUUUCGGAUUCCAUACUUCAUGUCCGAAGAAUGCGAGCACUUAAUAAGGAGGAUGCUGGUUCUGGAGCCUUCAAAACGUCUUUCCAUCGCUCAAAUCAAAGAGCACAAGUGGAUGAUGGCUGAAGUCCCCGUGCACAGACCUGUUUUGUACGCACAAAAUCAGGACAAAGAAACAUCAAUUGGAGAAUACAAUGAACAGGUCUUGAGGCUCAUGCAUAGCCUGGGAAUAGACCAACAAAAAACAAUAGAGUCACUACAGAAUCACAGCUACAAUCACUUUGCUGCUAUUUAUUAUUUGUUAGUGGAAAGGCUUAAAUCCCAUCGCAGUAGCUUCCCGGUAGAGGCCAGGAUUGACGCACGGCAAAGACGGCCAAGCACAGUAGCUGAACAGACAGUCGCCAAGGCCAGUGCAGUGGUAUCCCCAGUUAACCUCUUGUCUCAAAAUGUCAGGAUGAUGAGAGGUCCAGUACUCCCAGAAGCCUCCACGGCCGAACCAUUUUCCUACACCCAGAACAGCUGCCAGGCUGAGAAUACAUUCCUAGAAGAUGACGCAGUUAACACACCCACGGUGAAUGGCUGUAUGCUGGACCCACUCCCUCAAGUGUCAAUGAGAAAGGGUUGCCAGUCCUUGCCUAGCAACAUGAUGGAAACCUCCAUUGACGAAGGAAUAGAGACAGAGGACGACUCUGAGGAUGAUCCAGCAUUGGCAUUUGCAGCCUUUCAAGGAAGGCGUAGUGGGCAGAGGCGCCAUACACUUGCUGAAGUUACCAACCAGAUGGUAGUACUGCCUAGUGUUGGAGCAGACAUGGAAGGUAAACUCUUCACCAUUGGAAACAACUCAACCAUGGGAAGCGUUGAUUCGGAGUACGAUAUGGGUUCUCUUCAGAGUGACCUUAAUUUCCAGGAGGAUGCAGGAGCAUUACAGGAUGUGGUUUUGGCCAAUCAGUCAGUCACCAGGUUGACGCCGCCUUAUAUAGGAAUGCGACCAACCAAUAUAGCCAUACCACCACUUUCCUCACAGAAAAGAGAAGCUCAUAACCGAUCUCCAGUCAGCUUUCGUGAAGGUAGAAGAGCGUCCGAUACCUCAUUAACGCAAGGUAUUGUGGCGUUUCGUCAGCACCUUCAGAAUUUGGCUAGAACAAAGGGCAUCUUGGAGCUCAACAAAAUUCAGAUGUUUUAUGAACAGAUGGACCCUGAUGUAGACCCGAAUCUAGUCUGUGACCCACAUCACCUGCAAGAUCUCAGUCAACAUCAGGAUGUGUCUGGACACCUUCCCCACGUCUCUACAUUCCCCAGUGGAAUGCACCCCCAGUUACUGUCUAGACGUCAAAGUUUGGAAACCCAAUAUAUACAGCACAGGCUACAGAAAGUGAGUCUGCUAGCAAAAGCGCAGAACAGCUGUCAGUUGUAUUGUAAAGAGACACCGAGAAGUCUGGAGCAACAGCUGCAGGAACACAGGCUUCAUCAAAAACGUCUCUUCCUUCAAAAGCAGCCUCAGCUGCAAGCCUACUUCAACCAGAUGCAAAUAGCGGAAACCACCUACCCGAUGCAAGGGCAGCCGCUCCAGAUGACUCGCCACGAGACAGCACAGCAAGCACAGUUCAGCUUAUCUCAGCCACUCAGCCCCGUCAUGGAGCCAGCAUCUGACGAAAUGCAAUACGACCCCUUCUUAAGUCAAUAUCACAAGCUGCACUCCCAACAAAUGCAGCACAUGGCACAGCCUAGCCAAACACAGGUAGUAGCACAAAUGCACGGGCAGCAGCCAUCCUUACAGUAUGCUUAUCAGGCAUGUGAAUUGCAAGGUGUGCCCCUGCACGAACCAGAAUACACAAGCCAAUGUCCGUAUUCUAUGAACCCAACUCAACAUGGUGGAAUACAUGUACAUGAAAACCAGGGUAACCCAAUGACACAUGAACCACAGGCCAAUUAUGAAACAUUGACCCUCAAUGAGCCAUUCGACUGUGAGAUGAUGGAAACAGUUGACUCACAACACAGUGGCUAUGUCUUGGUUAAUUAGCCAUUGAAUGGGAGAUGGUGUCCAUUGACAUGUGCUAAGGCUAGAUGUAAUAAAGGAAGGGAGUGUGAAUUUGUAAUUGUUCUUUUUCUUCUGCUCCAACUGAACAGAGAAUUCAAAAAUGCAUUGCUUUUCCUACCCUUAAUCUGGUUCAGUAAGUUGAACCCAGCGUGUGGAGCAAAUCUCAACCCGUGGACUGAGAUUUACACAUGGUUUGUGAUCUGGGUUGCAGAACCUUGGAGACAGUUAUUUAAGUGCUGUAGCAGACUAAUCAUAGGCGGAAGCAGAAGACAAAAAUUGUCCUUUGUUGAGAACUGUUACCAGAUGAAAACUAUGGAGUUUUAGUAGAUCCUCUACGGAGCUUUUUUUCUAAAGGAACUCAUGCUUUAAGCAACAACAUCAAAAAGCAAUAUAUAGUUUUUUGUUUUAUGGGGGAAGCAACGUAAAGUAACCCUAACGUUGAAUGCAAAGACUACUGCUAAAUGGCUUUCAAGACAUUUUCUUCAAAGUUACUCUAUUCUAAGCUACUGAUAUAGACAACAAGCACCUUGCGGAAAAAAAUGGAGACGCUAAGGACUUUGGUUUAAGUACCAGAUUCUACAAUUAUAUUGCUUGGGGACGUAAGCCGCAAUACUCUUACGUCGAACCAGGGGACUUCCUUGAGCGACCCGACCGUGUGGUAGACUCAUGUUGAUGGAUUAUUCAAUAUUCUCAAAUUCCAGAAACCGGAUCUGAUUUUAGCUUUCUGCAAACUCUUUAGAACUAAAUCAGAACUUAAAAGACUUGGGUGUAUCAUGCAAACCAUAUUCGCAUGAUGCCUCCGUUCAUUUAACUGGUGGAGAAAAAGUAUAUGUUGUCUUUGAAGGUGACUAUUGUGUUCUCAAACUUUUUAAGAAGAUGAAGAAAUAAUAAUAAUGACUGUGUUUUGAAGUCACAGUAAUACUGUAUGUUGCCGUUUGUUGAAGCAGAUUUGUACAUUUGGUAAACUAAACUAUUUAGAUUUUAGAGUCAGGAAAACACAAAAUGAGCUACAAAAAAAAAUGUGUGAAGUGUGGUAGUUCUGUGCCUUUUUGGGUUCUUUUUCAUACUAGAAUAUACCGUUCUUUUUCAGAUGAGAAAAAAAAAAAGUUAGACCAUACCCCAUUUAUAUCAAUGCUACAUCCAAAGUCAAUUCAGAGUUUGUGUGUAUGUACGUAUGUUUUGUUCCACUGUGUGGAAUGCAAAAAUUGUUUAAUGAAUUUAAUGUUUUGAUUGCUAAUGUGUAGAAAAAUGUUUUAAAAAAGUAUUAUAGCAAUAUUUAAUUCUAUUUAAUGUCAUGAACUGUUGAUAUAUUAACCAGAGCAAUGGGUAUUCACAUAAAGCUAACGUGGAGGGAGACUUCUAUUUCAAGAAUACAAGUGCUUGUCGGUCACACAAGUUACUAUUUCAAACCAAAUCGGUUACCUGAUAAAGUCUGACCGCCAUUUCUAGUUCAUUAACGAUAAGUGUUGCACUUUCUAGAAAUCCUGAGAUGUAAAAUAGCCAUAAUGUAGUAUAAAAUCCUACUUUGAAACGAAGAGAAGCCGGUAGUAUUAAACUAUUUUUUCCUUAAAUGUAUGGAAUAAAGUAGAUAAGAUGUCACCAAUUCUGACAUUAUAAACACCAGCACACUACAGUUUUAUAAACUGACCAUAAUUCAAGGCACUCCAUAGUUCCCCCUGAAAAUGAGAAUAUCCAACAAAUAACAUGCAUCACAUAGGUCACAGUUUUGCCAGCCUGUAUCCACGCUAUAUCUAAAAUAUGAUGGUUUUUAUUCAAUUAUGUAGUAUUCAGAGUUGAUGGUUCCCCAAUAAAAAAACAAAACAUUUAUCAAAUUACAAAUUGAGGGUUUGGGUUUGCAUCUUGUAGGGCUAGAUCAGUGUAAACUUUGUUUAAAAAAAUCAAUGUGUAGUUUGCACAUUAUUUCCUUAGAAUACAAACAAAAAACAAACAAACCCAUAACCAUUACUGUGUGGACUCAUCGAUAAUGUUCCCACCACAUACUUGACUAAUACUGUAUGCACCUAUAUCUGAAGCUCUAGCAAAAAAUUCCAGUUCAAAGUAUUACUCUUGAAGAUUUUUUGCUUAAGGCAGAAGGACGGUGAUAGACCCUAAAUCUCAUUCUUCAUGGGUCAAAAGGAUUUAAAGAAAACUCCUCCUUCAAAAAAAAAUAUAACAUAUCCUUUAAACAUUUUCAUAGAUGUGGUUUCCUUUUUUUUUUUUUAGUUUUUCAUGCCUGCCAUCAUUACGUGCUCACCAUCAAGAGGGGCAGGCAGACUAGAAAGGGAUAGGACAUCCCGUGAAAUGGGUGGGUCCCCUAAAGUAGGUGGCUAGGCUGACAUUCACCCCUCAAGUUGGACCAUGCCAGGAUCGCAGUAGAAGCGCUUAGUGGAUGGUCCAACUGCUCUGUCCUUUCCUGCAUCCUUAAAUCUGCCUUGCAAGACAGGUUCCAAAGAGAUGAGCCGUUU